UUUAUAAAAAAGAAAUUUCCCAACGGCCUGCCGUCUGUCCUUUCUCUCUCCUACUCCCGUAGAAUUUUUCUCUCUUCCGUCUUCUCCAUUUCUGCAGAUAAUUUUCUUUUGUCUUAACCCAGAAUUUCGCACUCUGCCACUCUCUCGCUCCUAAAAAACGAUCAUUUUGCUCGAAGUUUCUCCUUCGCUUAUCGAUGGCGGACAUAAUCUUUCUGUGAUUUUGUUGAAUUUUUUUGGGCGUUACAAUGGAGUUGAUUGAAGGAGUAGGUGAGAGUUCUUCGCCACCUCGGAGUUUUGGCGGUGGUGGAAUAGGCGGCAGCGUAUUGCUUGAUAUACGGGACGAUGUAUAUAAUCGGUUGAUAGAAAAUGGAAUUGAAGAAGUUGUUUCUAAUCCUGACUUCCGUGAGAUCUUGGAUGUUCAUUUCAAUAAAUUGCCUCCUAGUUAUGGUUUGGAUAUAAAUAUAGAUAGAGCAGAAGACGUUUUGUUACAUCGAAAGCUUCUUGCAUUGGCGAAGGACCCUGAAAAGAGACCUGUUUUCCAUGUCCGUUGUUUGGAGAACUUCAAAUCAGAGGAUAGCGAAGAACAUCUGGCUCUAGUUAAUAAUCAUGGAGAACGUGUGCAGAACAACAGGGAAGAAGGAAGGGAAUUUGAACCCUGUUCCAAGCUUGAAGAUCUUAAUUUAGAGGUUAGACAGAAUUCUGGAAUGAUGAAAAAGAGCCAGGAAAUUUCUUCCCAUGUUCCAACUCACGAAGUAAUAUGUUCUACACCAGAUAAACCCAAGCUUCUCAGUCAGCUAUCUGCUUUGCUAUCUGACGUAGGGCUUAACAUUCGUGAAGCACAUGUAUUCUCAACCACUGAUGGCUACUCCUUGGAUGUAUUUGUGGUGGAUGGAUGGCCUGUGGAGGAUGCUGAUAGCUUGCGCAAAGCUAUGGAAGAAGCAAUUGAUAAGAGUGAGGGCUCGUGGUCUGGCUCAUCACAUUCAAAGUUUUCGGUGAAGAAGGCACUAGCUGCUCGAGGAGAACCUGGAAAUUGGGAAAUAGAUAGAAGAUUGUUGAAGAUAGGGGACAAAGUUGCAUCUGGAUCUUGUGGCGAUCUGUAUCGAGGUGUGUACCUUGGUCAGGAUGUGGCUGUCAAGAUUCUCAGAUCUGAGCAUCUAACUGAAGCGUCAGAGGAUGAGUUUGCUCAAGAAGUGGCAAUUUUAAGGGAGGUGCGACAUGAAAAUGUUGUUCGUUUUAUUGGCGCUUGUACAAAGUCUCCUGAUUUAUGCAUUGUAACAGAGUACAUGCCUGGAGGGAGUCUGUAUAACUACCUGCACAAAAAUAAAAGAGCUUUGAAGUUUUCAGAGCUGUUGAAAUUUGCAAUUGAUGUCUCCAAAGGGAUGGAAUACUUGCAUCACAAUGACAUAAUCCAUAGGGAUCUGAAAUCAGCAAAUUUGCUUAUGGAUUCGCUUCAAGUCGUUAAAGUUGCAGACUUUGGUGUUGCUCGCUUUCUACAUCAGGAGGGAGUUAUGACAGCAGAAACUGGAACGUACAGAUGGAUGGCACCUGAGGUGAUAAAUCAUCAGCCCUAUGACCAGAAAGCGGAUAUAUUUAGUUUUGCUAUUGUACUAUGGGAGCUUUUGACAGCAAAGAUUCCAUAUGAGAACAUGACGCCACUGCAAGCUGCAUUAGGUGUAAGACAGGGGCUCCGACCUGAGAUUCCACAGGAAAUACACCCAAAGCUUUGCAAUUUGAUGCAGAGAUGUUGGGAUACAGCUCCCAGUAACCGGCCACCGUUUUCCAUUAUAAGAGUAGAGCUUGAAGAUCUCCUAGAGAAUGAUCAGGAAACUUCUGCAACAGUAGCUGGCAAUCUAGCAUCGGGAAAUAUAUUGUGAAUUACAGAGAUGGCUGAGCUGAUAAACUACGCGAGAGCCUUUUUGGGUUAUUCCUUUUGUAUUUGUUUUAAGGACGGGUUGGGAAUUGAGUGUGCUAGAAAUAGAUACUUGUGUACAAGCACAAAAAGAGUGACUGCGAGGUUUUUUCUGAAGAAAAUACUUUGGAGUUUCCUUGUAAAAACUACAGAGUAGUCCCUGGAAAGUAAUACGAAUCUUCUCAAUGAAUUAUGUUGAUGUUCAA